AUUUUAUUCUAAAUCAUUGUUGGUAAGGAUCCUUCAUAAAAGCAACAGAGAUAAAACUGAAGAUAAAAAGUUGGAUGAUCAAAAAGAUGUACAAAGUUGGCUUCUUGCUUGCUGUCUGCUUUUGCAGCGUUCUUUCAUACAAAGUUGACUUCGACUUGGAAAAGUUUGAAGAAUGGAGUCGUGGAGCUCCUGCACCUGCACCAACACUUGAGAAAUGUAAAAAAGACAUGGUUAUCCUCCUUGAUACUUCGUACUCCAUUGGUAAAUACAGAUUCAACAAAAACGUCAAAAAAUUUCUCAAAAAUUUGGUUUCCAGUCCAAAGCUCAAUGUUGGUCGUGAUGGAACUCAACUUGCUAUCGUCAUAUUCAGUAAUAAACGUAACACAAGAGUUGUUCUACCUUUCUCUGGUCGUACAAAAGCAGAAUACAAAAAAUUUAUAAACAACAAUUUGUCAUGGAGAGCUGUUUCUGGUGGUAGAACGAUGACUGGAACUGGUGCAGGCAUUGUGGACAAACAGAUCUUCAAAAAGAACAGUCCACUCAACAACAGACAAAAAAUCGCUGACGUUGUCUUAUUGAUAACAGAUGGUGAACCACGUGGAAAGAAAGAAGGCGAUGAAUUAAAGGACGCUUACAAAUAUUCAAGCGCGAUGAAAGACAAAGAUAUUCUUAUUGUUGGUGUUGCUGUUGGUGAUCCAAUUAUCGUGAAAAAGUUUAAGCCAGUUAUCCAAAAGAUGUCAACUUCAGAGAAGACAACUUUUGACAGCGAAUUUGAUAGUUUGGACAAGAUACUGAGCCACCUUGUUGAUGCUUCUUGCACUCCUUUCGUACCAGGUGACUGUAGCUGUUCGUCGGUUGAAUCUAAGACAGUGUACAUCGAACCACCAGCAAGAACUGUUGACGUUUCUUGGCCAUCACCAACAUUGCAAUGUAGAAACAACAGAAAUCCUCAGUAUAAAAAGGCAGUUACACCAAAUAUCGCCUCCCCGCACAGUUUUACUGUUGGGAAUCAUCGUAUUGAAUAUACUUUCACAUUCAGGGAAGGAUUUGAUCUUAAUUGUUACGUUAAUGUUAAAGUUAAAUCUUGCGAAUGCCCAAGUAUACUACCAAUAACAAAGAGCAUUGAGCCAGGAAAGAUGAAGGCAUACGUUGAAUGGAAUAAACCAAAACCAAACUGUCGACAUACACUGACUAGUGCGUCACCACCACGAGCGACGUUGGGCAAAGGAAAUUUUGGAAUUGGAAAACAUGACAUCAUCUAUAAUUACGUCAUCCAAGGUGCAUCGAAAAGUUUUCGUCUCAGUUGCAGAUUAACGAUCAAGGUCAGCGGUAAAUUGUGCGGCGGAAAGGGUAUGUCCUCUACACAAGUCUGUUGCUGUGGUAUUGCUUAUGAUCGUUUAGCAAACCAUGAUUGUUGUGGACCCAAGUACUACGAUAAACGCCAGAAAAAAUGCGUGGAUUACUACACAUUGGUUGGUAAAGAAGUUCUCUCUUAAAAGAUAACUUGAACUUAAACAAUAAAUUUGGUUCAUUUUUAUAUUUGCAUGAAACAUAUCAAUGACAUUAUGAUGAUUUGUUGAUCUAGUUUUAAGUAUAAGUAUGUACUUCGUAGUAUAAGUAUGUACUUUGUAGAAUAUUUUGAAGUUAUUACACUAUUUCAUUUUA